GAAAAUAAUAUCGUUGCGAAAGAAAAAAAAAUAAUAAUACAAUAAUUGAAUUACUCAUAUAAUAAAUUUUUAUAAUUCAAAUGGAUUUUUCAAUAUACUUGGCUCUCUUAACGUGGCAACUUUAUAUCAACGUUCCAGCAAUAUCAGGCCAUGACGAAAAAUGUCCCUUUGAAAACACAGUAAAUUUAACAGAUCAACAGAAAUACGAAAAUGGAUCUUAUGUGUAUCAAGACAUUUUAAUACCACCCGAAAAACAGGAUUUAUAUGAUUAUAAUUUGAAAUUUGAAAGGGUCCUUGAAGCAGUUGCCGAGCAUCUAAGAGGUUGUGUUUGUGAGGAUCGACCCUGCAUGAAACUGUGUUGCAAAGUGGAUGAAUAUUUCGAUGAUACGGGGAAUAUGAGUAAAUGUGAAAAAAUAACUCAGGAAAUGAAAGUUUCUUGGAAAUUACCUAUACAGCUGGAAAAUGGAAAAACUAAAGUGGCGAAUAUAUUCAAAUACUUUACCACUCAAGUGGGUUUACCUUGCUGGAUGCCAGAGGCUCUAGAUGAUAGCCUUGAUAGUUGGAUGUUGCAGGAGAACGGAACUCUAUAUAUUGACACCGAUAAAUCCAGUCACGACACUUUGAACUAUUGUUAUUCACCACGCUGGAGCGACGUUUCUUCUGAAUACACACUAACACCAUUCACCUGUUCCAGUGUGAAUCAGGGCUCUUGGCAAUUACUCUUAAAUACAUAUGCCAUGGCCAUUUCAGUAUCAUUUCUAAUACCCACCAUACUGGUGUAUUUAGUAUUAAAAGAAUUAAGGGAAAAUCUGCGUGGUAAACUAUUGAUUUGUUAUCUUUUUUCAUUGACCAUGGGCUAUGGUAUUAUUAGUUUCAUAAAUAUCUCGGAAUUAAGUUUCGAUGUUAUACCUUGCAGUUUUCUGGGUUUCACAUGUUACUUUUUCUCUAUGGCGGCCUUUUUAUGGUUGAGCGUUUUAUGUUAUGACAUUUGGAAGAAUUUCAAAGAAACCUAUAUGCAGUUGAAUCCGAGAAAUAAUAGCAAACAGUUUAUUUUGUAUUCCCUGUAUGUCUGGUUGAGUGCUGGCUUGGCAACGUUUUGUAUUAUUUAUAUAGAACUGUCACCCACUGUGGAUGAUAUUUAUAAGACGGGUAUUGGUGGGGAAAUUUGUUGGUUGGAUACUGAAAAAUGGUCGGCGGCUAUUUACUUUUAUGGGCCCAAUCUAGUCAUUUUACUUUUCAAUUUUGCAACCUUUGGCCAUAUAACAGCUAGAAUCUAUAAGGUGCGACGCAAUGUAGCCAGAAUUACACUCAGCGACAAAUUCUUUCAAGAAAAUGCAAUUGUCAUUUUGCGUUUAUUUCUGAUCAUGGGUAUAUCCUGGCUUUUCGAUAUUGUAUCCUACUGUAUGCGUGAAAAUGAAGACUGGGACUUUUUGUUUGUAUUCUGCGAUUUUGCAAAUGCCAUUCAGGGAAUUUUAAUAUUUUGGCUGUUUGUGAUGAAACCCAAUGUUUUGAAGCUAUUGAAGAAGAGAUUUCAAAAGGACUCAGCUGACAAAGCUCGAAGUAGUGUUUCUAAAUCCACCUCUAAGCUUUUGCAUUUACAAAGUUCAUCUUCCGCAUCAAAAUAAAUAUUUGUUUUAUGUUUCUUAUUUUAAAAAUUUGCAAAUCAGUUUAUUAAUUUAGAAAGUUAACUUAUGCCAUAAACUGGUCUUUAUAAAUAUAGAUUUUUACUUCA